UCAGUUGCCCGGCAGGAGUCGACAGGCGAAGAACAAAAAUGGAUGCACAUAACUAUAGCAGUAUUGAAUUCGACUUUAGUCAAUGGGACUUCCCAGCGGAGCGUAUUUGGCGGCACAAGGCCAUAGAGGAAAUCGCUUGGAAAGUUUGCUCCUUCUUGCCACUGAUUAUAUUUGGCUUGUAUGCCAACUACGUCUUGAUCUAUCUUAUUGCGACGAACCGUGCGCUCAGAUCGCCAACGAAUUUGAUCAUAUCCAAUAUGGCAAUGGCGGACCUACUAACCCUGCUGAUAUGCCCCGUUAUGUUCCUGAUCAACGACUUCUAUCAGAACUUUCAGCUCGGCUGGGUGGGCUGCAAGCUGGAGGGGUUCCUCGUCGUUGUCUUUCUGAUCACAGCCGUGCUGAACCUCUCAGUGGUCAGCUACGAUCGCCUCACAGCCAUUGUUCUGCCCCAGGAAACUCGACUAACGCAGCACGGCGCCAAGAUCGUGAUCGCCUGCACCUGGUUGACGGGUCUGCUGCUGGCACUACCCCUCGCCAUCUACCGGGAGUAUCGGGUGCGCAUCUGGCGCAACUUCACCGAGCGCUACUGCAAGGAGAACACCAAUGUCCUGCCCAAGUACUGGUAUGUGCUGAUCACGGUGCUGGUCUGGCUGCCGCUGAGCAUCAUGCUCAUCUGCUACACGGCCAUAUUUAUUAAGCUGGAUCGCUAUGAGAAGCGUGUUUUGAGUCGUGAAAAUCCACUCACGGUCAGCUAUAAACGAAGCGUGGCUAAGACGCUCUUCAUAGUGGUUGUGGUGUUUGUGGUACUGCGCCUGCCCUUCACUAUUUUUGUGGUGCAGCGCGAGAAGUACUACAAGACGGCGGCGAGCGUGGGCUGCGGCACCCAAUACUUCUCGUACUUCUCGCAAUACCUGAUGUUUGUCAACGCGGCCGUCAACCCGAUCGUGUACGGCUUCAACAAUGAAAACUUCAGGCGAGCCUAUGCGCAAAUCGGCUGGGUGAAGCGCCGACGGGCAGCCUCAGCGAACGGCGGACAUAAUUGUUGUUAUUGCGACUUUGUGAAAAACAGAACGGGUGCGGUAGUAAAGGCAGAGCAGAACUUGAAUCAGGAGAUAUCGCAAUCAGCUGCUGAGGAAACCAAAAAUCUGGAGGAAACUAGUGACAAUCUUUCCAUUGCCAAAGAGUCUCUAGUGACACGCCUUAAUAGCGAUGGAUUUAUUUAA